GCAGAACCAACCCAGCCUAUAAAUAAGACUGACAUGUUUUAGAGAUGAAAGAACAUAUGGUAUGGAGAAAACUAAAGGAAAGUGUUGAAAUGAAGACAAAUAUUACUGGAAGCGUGUUAUUGGUGAAUACCAUAGCAGUGUUGCUACAGCAUCUGGUCUGCUCAAGCAUAGCAGCUCCUGGGCAGCCUUUUGAAACUGAUCCAUGCGGACCAGAUGCUGCAGCUCUCAAGACUAACAUAAAGAAACUACAGAAUAAAUUGCUGAUCACAACUUGGAUGACUGAGCAUCUCCAAAUGUAUAGAUACUUCAAACCGCUUGAGUUUGCUGAAUCCCACAAUAAACCUCAGACUGACCCGGCACCCAAUGUAAACCAAAACAACACCUUGGACAACAAAAUGAUGAAACCAAUUCCUCCAGCUGGAAAUUUGAUUGUCCAUGACAAAGACUGCUCCGAACUUUAUGAUAGGCUGAGAUCACCAAGCGGCUUUUACCGCAUCAGACCCAAGUUACACCAGGAGCCGUUUUUAGUCUACUGUGAUAUGGAGGACGGAGGAGGAUGGACAGUGUUUCAGAGACGUCGGCAUGGAAAAGUUGACUUUAACAGAGACUGGGUGGACUACAGAGAUGGUUUUGGAGAAUUCAAACUGUGGAAUGAUGAGUUUUGGUUGGGGAAUGAGCACAUGAAUGCUCUACUGUCAGAAGAUAAAAACCUGGUGAAGAUUGAUCUCAUGGACUGGGAUGGAAAGAAAAGCUUUGCAUUUUAUGAGAACUUCAGGAUCACAGAUGAAGCUGAUAAGUAUCGUCUCCAGUAUGGGCAGUACAGUGGGAAAGCUGGUGAUGCUCUGACUGGUGGUGGAGGAAUGGUGGAGCAGUGGUCUUCCAGCCUUAGUGGGAUGCAGUUCAGCACUGGAGAUCAGGAUAAUGACCGCUUCCUUCAGGGAAGCUGUGCCAAAGAGAAUCAGGCUGGUUGGUGGUUCAACAGGUGUCAUGCAGCCAACCUAAAUGGCAAGUUCUAUCGGAGGGGGAAAUACAAGGCUGAGUAUGACAAUGGUGUGGUGUGGGGGACUUGGAAAGGCCUCUGGUACUCUCUGAGACACACCACUAUGAAGGUGCGCCCUCUGGUUUUUUUGGACAUUGCAGGAAGUGGAGCAGGGGACAUUUAAAACUCACAGGUUUCUGUCUAAAAUGAAAGAAA